UGUGUUAGUGAUGAUAUACGAAAAUAUGUUAGAAAUUAGAUUCUAGUGCACUAAAUUAUUAUUGAUUCACUAAAUUUAAGUUUUAUGUUAUGUGCAGUGAGUGAUUUAGCGAUUUUUGUGGUUGAAUAGUUCAAAUAAAAACUCAUGGUUUACAUGUGAUCGCUAAAUAUGGCAAUCAAAACACUCCUAGCAGUGUAUAUAACAUGCAUCCUGACGACUGUACAGUCUGCCAUCGUGAAUAUUCCACGGUCGCCCUGUCCAGGAGUGUUCUCUUAUAACACUAGCAGUUUGACCAGCAGCAACUCACAGACACCAGACCGAUGGCUUGGAGAGAUUCUGGUUAAAGCUGACACUACGCUGUCAGGAUUUUGGAUCGAUGUGGAGUUGGAUAAACCUGCACAUCUGCUGGGGAAUUAUCUUGCUGAAGUAACCAGCAAUGAUAACCGCGAAUUUAAAAUCCAAGAUCUCGACAGACGUUUAGCUAAAGGAUCCAUCACCCCAGUAAAGAUCUACGUCAAAUAUGAUGUAUCUUCUCUCCCUCCACCUGCGGUCCGUGUCAUCCGCCUUAAUGGUCGUCAGAUCUGCCCACCUGAUCAUGAAGAAGAACUAGAUGUCGAACCUGUCAGGACUCCUAGCUAUGUAGAUCCUAACUAUUCAGCAAGGCCUCAGUCAUCCACACACAGAACUCAAAAUGUUUAUGAGGAACCUAUUUUGUCAAACAGACCUCAGACUAGCAGUACACAUACGAAUCAAAAUAGUUACGAUCAGCAAAAUCGUCCCCAAACUUCUACACAUAAGACGCAAAAUGUGUACCAAGCCAACAAAGGAUAUGAUCAAACCGGUACUCGUGGGACUUCUGCCGUUCAGACUAGCAAUCAACAAAAUAGCAGCCAAUCAUCAAAAAAGAAUCAAAACACCAGAGUUACUUCCUAUGACGAUUUAAACACCUCUUCAAAUCAAGGUACUUCGACCCAAAGCAAUCAUAAGAAUACACAAAACACAUUCCAAAAUUCAGGGUCAGCUAUACGUGGAACAUCGAGUCAAACGCAUCAUCAGCCGAUUCAGCCAAGCAUUACUUCUCAGAAACAAGGUAUAUCGCAAUCAUCAAAUGAAGAUACAAGUACUCGCGGCACUAUGAAGGUUGUUAAUAAGCCUCAAAGUCACCAGACAACAUCACUAUUGAAAGGUUCAACUAACCAACAAGGCUUCCAUGCUAAUAGCAGACCUUCAAACAAUGCAUACGACGAAGUAGGUAUACGCGCUGGAGAACUACUUGCUCAUGCACCUGUUGAAAAAAGUACAUCUGCACCUUUACCGAGAACAUUAUCUACAAUGUCUGUCAAUAAUCAUAAUUCUAGAACCACUCAAACUACUAGACAAGAAUCUGGGCAUAGAAUCACACAGCCUACCAGGGCUACGUAUCCUGAUAAACACUCUGAAGAGAAUACGUAUGAAGAUACUCGAAAUACAAACAGGGACAGAACCCAAACUUCUUGGAAUAAGGACACGAUUGAUCGCGGUACGCAAACCACUAGUUCACAAUACGAUUAUGAAUAUUCUGGUUCUAGAGGCACCCAGACUCAUAGAGGUGGUAAUAGACAACCGGAACCUUCGUAUGGAGAUUCAAGAGAUGAUGUUUAUUCAAGCGGUUCAAAUCGUGACAGAACGCCUUCACGUGAUCCUUAUGAUCAAUAUGAACGAGAAAAGGUUGGAAUUAGGGGCUCCGAACCAGAAUUCACUGAUCCUAGACCUAACAAUAGAGACCGCGAUAGAAAUACUGGAUUCCGACAAGAUCCUAACCGCAAUUCUGAUUUUGAUAUAGAGUCUCCUCAUAGAGAAAAUUCCGGCCAAGGCACGAGAGGUUCUAACAGGGAUUGGGAGGAUGAAAACAGCGGCCGCAGGGGUUCUCAACCACAUAGAGGAUCAGGGAGUAAUAACUACGAUAGAGAUGAGACUACUAUUUACACUUCGUUAGAUAGUCAUAUACAAAGGCCUACGUAUACGACAACUGAAAGAUAUCAAGGAUAUCCAAUCACUCCACAUCCAAGCAGCCAGAAUCGACCUGGACACACUCCUCUUAUCAAUAGUAAUAUCAGACCAUCAGAACCUUCUUCUUCUGACUAUUAUGAAUGGGGUGUUAGGAGAACUUCUUCCAAACGAACACAAUUGCCAGCACCUCAACCAAAUACGGAUAGACGGCCAGAACAGUGUGGAAAGGUCGCGAUUCAACCAGUUGCCUUGAUUUCUCGUGGAACUCCUACAAGAUCGGGAGAUUAUCCAUGGCAUGCUGCUAUUUACAGGCCUGAGGGGAUAGACCUCAGAUACAUCUGCGGGGCAACUUUGGUAUCUUUGUCUACUUUGGUGACAGCUGCACAUUGCGUCACACGUCAGUCGACUGGACGGGCAGUCAAACCUGAUAGUCUGGUGGUAUAUCUGGGCAAACACAGUUUGAGAAGAUGGACUGGUAACGAACAAACAGCUACGGUUUCAGAGGUGAUAGUUCAUCCAGCCUAUAAUCACACAGCUUUUCAAGCUGACCUGGCUUUACUCAAGUUGUCGACACCAGUCACGUAUAAUGAUUAUGUAAGACCAGUUUGCUUGUGGGAUAGAAGACGGAAAUCUAUAGAAAGUGUUGUGGCCAGAAGAGGCACGGUGGUCGGCUGGGGCUACGAUGAAUACCAAGUGGUGACUGAUGAGUUGAUGCAAGCUCACAUGCCAGUGGUUCCCAAACUGGACUGUAUUCAUUCGUAUCCCACAUUCUUCAGUCGUUUUGUUACAGAUCUUACAUAUUGCGCAGGGUUCAGGAACGGUACAACAGCGUGUAACGGCGACAGUGGCGGCGGAAUGGUAUUUCUGGAAGAGUCUUUAGACCCUGAAGAUGGUACUGAUGGGGUCUGGAGGCUCAGGGGCGUAGUCUCCAUCGGUGUAUCAAUCACUGAGAAGUUUGUAUGCGAUUAUAACCACUAUAUCGUCUUUACGGACGUAGCCCAAUUCUUGCCAUGGUUGGAGAACAAUAUGUGAUAGCAGGAGAGAAAUGGUAAUGUUUUUGGAAUACUUUAAUGGAACUUGGAAUUCAUUUUAGGGACGAAAUAUUUUUUGGGAAUUUAUUUGAACAUAGACUGUUGAAACGAAUAAGUUUUUUAAUUAUCGUCAUACUUAUUAUUUAGUUUAGUUCAAGAUGUGAAGUCUGAAGAUUUAUUCGUGCGGUGUUAACUAAAAAUUGCUUGCCAUUAGUAACUAUUUUAGUAUUUAGAAAAUAUUGUUUAUG